AUAUUUCGAUACCAUAAUUAAAAUCUAUGUUUAAUCUCUGUCCCACCUUCUAAUAUGCAGAAUUAGAAUCGCAAAUUCGUAACGCCACUUGUGUAUAAAUCUGUGAGAUCUUGAAACCCUAGUUCAAAAUCUGUAUAUAUUAUAAUAAUAAUGCUGAGGCAAGGGCACAGAGGAGUGAUAAUCGACGGCGUAAUGGUGCCGACCAAGAUCCGGAAAAGGGGGAGCUCGUCCACGUCAUCUUCAUCUUCCAGAGUCUACAACUACAGGCUGAACAAGCGGGCCAUUCUGGUGGGCAAGAAUCGGGCCGGGUUAGGGAUCGGACCCGGAAGAUCCAGAUCCAGCACACCGGCCCCUGCGUGGCGAACCGCCGCCUUGAGGGGCGCUGUCGACUCGCCCAAGUAUUCCCAGAGUGGGAAAUCGACCCGACCCGUUUCGGCCCGGAAGCUCGCCGCCACUCUCUGGGAGAUGAACGAGAUGCCUUCGCCGGAAAUGAGCGAGGUUGAUUCGGAGGUGAUGAAUCGGCGGCGGCAGCAGCAGAAGAAGAAUGGAGGUAAGAUUUUCCCCAAGAGAGAGAAAAUGCAACCCGUUUGGGGGUUGCAUACGGGUUCGGGUUCGGGUUAUUUGCCACCCCAUUUAUCUGAUCCAUCUCACAGCCCGACAAUUUCAGAGAAAAUGGAUCGAUCCGGAACCGGUAGCCGCCACCGGAGAAGAACACCGUCGAUUUCGCAGAUGCUUAUGUCCGCCGCCGAUCGGAAUAUCGGAGUUCAUGAUUCUAUAAGCAAUGCUAGUUUUAUGGAGGUGGAGACUCGUUCCCGCCCCCAAACGUCGAACUCGUCGGUUACGAACUCCAGAAACCGUCUCAAAGACAUAAGCAACGCAUUGACCACUUCGAAAGAGCUCCUGAAAAUCAUCACCCGCGUGUGGGCCCAAGCGGGCCCACCCUCGUCCAGCCUAUCACUCGUCUCGGCCCUCCACGCUGAGCUGGAGCGGGCCCGCCUCCAGGUCAACAACCUAAUCCAAGACCCUCGUUCUGCUGAAGAGAAAACCUUGUGGAAAAUUAAAGAAAAACAAGCAGUCGAAGCUGCGGUGGGCCCCAUCGUUGAUGAGCUGGCGGCGGAGCGGAAGUCGAGGCGGAGAGUCGAGAGCUUGAACAAAAAACUCGGGAUUGAGUUAGCGGAAACGAAAUCUUCGUUUGUUGAGUUGGUGAAGGAAUUGGAGAGAGAGAAACGGGCGAGGGAGAUAACGGAACGGGUUUGCGAUGAGCUGGCGAGGAAUAUGGACGAGGAUAGGGCAGAAGUGGAGAAGGAGAGAGAAAUGCUCCAAUUGGCUGAUAAGUUGAGAGAGGAGAGAGUCCAGAUGAAGCUGUCCGAGGCUAGGCAUCAAUUCGAGGAGAAGAAUUCCGCCGUUAGUAAGCUGCGGAAGCAGCUAGAAGUUUUCCUCGGUACGAAAAAUAAGCACGAGCUUCUAGAAGAACAAGAUGAUGAUGAUGAUGUGGCAUUGGAAGAAGAUUCUUCAGCAGAAAGUGAGCUUCAUUCGAUCGAACCGAACAAGAAUAAUAAUAAUAAAGGGUACAAAUGGUCUUCUCAAAAAAUGAGUUCUCUUCGGAGAAGUGUGUCCGAUGGAGUUGAACGGGGUUUUCGAGGAGAAGAUUGUCACGAGGUCGAGAAGGAAGCUUUUAGAAGUGGUUGUGUUGAGGAGGGUCAGGGGGUCAACAAAUCGGUCAAAGGUAUCAAGGAUAGGAUAUUAUCGAGUUCUAGGUUUGUGUCGUCACCGUCGUCCAAUCAAAAGGAGCACUCGUGGCCGUCGAGAGAUCCAUGUGGCGGUACGCCCGAGGAGAGAUCUAGUGUUGUCCAAACAACGAGUUCGAAGUCGAAAAGUACAGGGGUCGUCAGAAGAUCGAAACGGUGAAUGUUAUUUUAGCGUUGCUUGUUUCGAGAAAUGUCGAGUAAGUUAACAUCUUGUUGAUUUGUAAGUUAACUAUCUGGAAAAUUGUGAAAUGUUUCCUUUUUUAUUGUACAGAAGAAGCAUGUAAGCCAAGUUAAACAUUAUAUGAAGCUUCGAAACCAUGCUUAAGCAGAAUGCUGUGGUAAUUACGAUAACCCCGUCAUUUUAUGUCGUAUGUUAUUAGAGGUGGAAAUUGGAACGGAAAUUUCCGGAUUAUGCCGAUUUCUAUCGGAAAAUUUCUGAUUUUGGAGCUACAUUUUUCAUCCAAUAAGGGGUAAAAUUGGAAAUAUCCGAAGAACAUUCUAAGGAAUCUUAAAGAUUCCGGUAGUUUUGACACCGUAGGUGUGUACACGGUUAUAUAGUUAGGGGUGGCUAAAUGUAAUUAUGAAUUUUUUUUAAUUUUUUUUUUGUAAUUUGACCUUAGCCGAUGUAGUUUG